UAUGACGAAGAUCAAGCUGCCUGGUCUUCUGAAGGACUACCUCCCUGCUCCUGUGAAGAUCAAGCUGCCUGGUCUUCUGAAGGACUACCUCCCUGCUCCUAUGAAUAUCCAGCUGCCUGGUUUUCUGAAGGACUACCUCCCUGCUCCUAUGAAAAUCCAGCUGUCUGGUUUUCUGAAGGAGGACUGCCUCCCUACUCCUAUGAAGAUCCAGCUGCCUUGUCUUAUGAUGGAGGAAUUCGUCUUUGCUCCUAUAAAGAUCCUACUGACUGGUCUUCUGAUGGAGUACUGCCUCCCUACUCCUAUGAAGAUCCAGCUGCCUGGUUUUCUGAAGGAGGACUACCUCUCUGCUCCUAUGAAGAACCUGCUGUCUGGUCUUCUGAUGGAGUACUGCCUCCCUGCUCCUAUGAAGAACCUGCUGUCUGGUCUUCUGAUGGAGUACUGCCUCCCUACUCCUAUGAAGAUCCAGCUGCCUGGUUUUCUGAAGGAGGACUACCUCUCUGCUCCUAUGAAGAACCUGCUGUCUGGUCUUCUGAUGGAGUACUGCCUCCCUACUCCUAUGAAUAUCCAGCUGCCUGGUUUUCUGAAGGACUACCUCCCUGCUCCUAUGAAGAUCCAGCUGCGUGGACUUCUGAAGGAGGACUACCUCCCUACUCUUAUGAAUAUUCAGCUGCCUGGUUUUCAGAAGGACUACCUCCUUGCUCCUAUGAAAAUCCAGCUGUCUGGUUUUCUGAAGGAGGACUGCCUCCCUACUCCUAUGAAGAUCCAGCUGCCUGGUUUUCUGAAGGACUACCUCCCUGCUCCUAUGAAGAUCCAGCUGCGUGGACUUCUGAAGGAGGACUACCUCCCUACUCCUGUGAAGAUCCAGCUGCCUGGUCUUUUGAUGGAGUACUUCCUCUCUGCUCCUAUGAAAAUCCUGCUGCUUGGUCUUCUGAUGAAGGACCACCUCCCUGCUCUUAUGAAGAUUCAGCUUCCGGGUCUUCUGAUGAAGGACUAA